AUGUUCUUCAAAACUCACUUCAGUUUGAAGUGGUAUGUCAUCGGUUGUGCACUUUAUUGUGCACGUCUCAGAUUAAAAUUAAGAGAUUGUCUGUCCAAAAUUCAAUUUCACAUCCAGGAUGUUGGGGCUACAUUGGUAAUUUGCCUAUGGGGUUUUGAUGAUGAAGCAAAUCACUUAUUAAUGCACAGAAACUUGCCUGCUGUGAGAUGGGUAGUUGGUGUUGAAUUAGAGCUUAUAGCAAUAGCCACUGGUGGAAGAAUUGUCCCUAGGUUUCAGGAAUUAACAGCUGAAAAGCUAGGCAAGGCUGGUUUGGUUAGAGAGAAAUCAUUUGGCACCACAAAAGAUCCGAUGCUAUAUAUUGAGCAUUGUGCUAAUUCAACGGCUGUAACCAUAUUUAUUCGUGGGGGUGUGGUUCGGAUGCUCUUGAGAAAGUCACUGAAGCUAAAAAAAAGCACAAAAACAUUUACUUCGGGUAAAGAAGAAGGAAAGAGCUUCAUCCUUCAAAAACAUCCAUCGGUUUUUGUUCCGACAUUAUCUCCACCGGCUGAAGUGAUGCUCCGUGCACUCGAGUUAUUUCUGCCACGUGGGGUUCAAGUUGAGAAUACCAUCAAAGUUUCUAAUAUUCAAUACCUUCAGGUGGCUUUAUUCAAGUUAUGA